AUGGAAAAAGAUGAAAGUUUUAAAAUUAUAUUAAUAAUAUUUUUCCUCAGGUAUUAUGGCCAUAUGACUGCACAUAUCCAAGUAUCAUAAACAACAAAGGAAGCUAUCAAUUCAUGUAUAGUAUCUACACUUGUUGCAAGCAGUGCGAUUUCCCUACUUACAGCGCGUGUGUGAAAAAAUUUGGCUCUCCCGACUGGCGCUGUCCCAGUGAUGGCGUCCACUGUAUUCUUAAAUGCGUCAGCACGUAUGGACCGGGAUAUACUGAGGUUCUAGUGAAACCCGGGACCGGAGGAAUAACUACUAGUAGCAUCGGUGGAGGUCUUGGUACUAGGCCUGGCAAAGGGACCGUCAUUAAAGUUCCUAAGAAGGUAAAAUGUGUGAAAACUGAAAAACUCCCGAACGGCAAGACAUGUAUUAGAAGAUUGUGCGUCCCACUAAAGACUUAAACUAGCUUUUGUGAACUUUCGAAAACAGCAGCAAAGUCUGCAACACAAGUAUACUAUAGUCUAGCAAAGUAGCUCAGUUUUGUUAAGUUUUAUUUGAAUGUUGAUUUUCCAAUCAAUUUGCCAGUAAUGUAGAACUCACUUAUAUGUACUACAAUUUACAACAUGAAUGUCCGUGUCGUAUUCUUCAACAAUUUAAAAUAAAUGAAUGAUAUUUGGUGAGAAAAUUGAACUUAAACUUUACGUAAAUCAGCAGGAUUUUGCUUUUUGUGUGUGUUUUCUUCAUGAAUUAUUGAUUUAUAAACCACUAAUAAGUCAUCAUUAAAAUCAUGUCCUAUCAUCACCUUUAUACUUUCACUGGUAUAACAAAACGCCGGUAUUUAAAAGCAUUCUUUGUUUCGCACAAUUUGAUAACGAACAUCCCAUUACACGUAAGAACAUGCAAGAAUAUUCCAAAGCUAUUAAAUAUAGAAGUGCAAUUGACAUGCACUCACAGCCAUAAAACGGGAGACUAUAUACGCGAGCAGAAGGACACUGAUGAUCCUUUUUGUGGAAUUCUUCUGCGGGUAUCACUUGUUCAAGUUUUAAUACGCCUUGAGGCGUGUGUCAAAAUCAAGGUGUGUUUUUAUAAACACGUCAUACAUGGUGUGUUUUUCCACACACAAUACUGUGUUUUGGUACACUCUAUUAACUGUGGUACACUGUACACACCAUGCGGUGUUUUUAAAACACUGCACUAUUAUACUAUUAUAAUAACACUAUUAAGAUGUGCUACAUUCAUAUUUAUUCAUAAUAAUAAAUAUGAAACUAGUUUUUCAUGUCUCUGAGUCUGAGUAUGGUUCUGAAAUAGUGUGCCAUAUAUUAUUAUUACUUAUUUAAAAAAUUCCUGGCUUCUGAUUGGCUAACAGCCAACUGUGAAAUUGUCAUAUCAACUCAAUGGCUAACUAAAUACGGAUUUUUCACAUUCAUAUUAGUAAAAUGACGUCAAAGAGUCAAUAUGAAAAAAAUUUGGACGCGUUUGCACCAUAUUACUAUGACGACGAGAAUCAUAUUGACUCGCUGACGCCAUUGAUAUGACGCGACGACGGCUGCCGAAGGACUAAGCAAUUGUUUUUUUUCUUAAUACAAAUAAAAUACUGUCAAAUGUUUGUUUUGAAUUUUGAGGGCUUGAUAAUUCUUCAUAUCGUGCUCAACCUCAUUCAAUAAUUGUUAAAUGUUAAGUACACUCAAAUUCUUAAGAAUCCUUCAAAAUUAAAAGUUCCUUCUAUCCGUUAAUUACUUCGAUUACUUCAACUAUUAUUUAGGAUAGUUAUAUGUAAGCACUUGCAUGACUUGCAGGGUAAUGAUUAAAGUUGGAUGCCAAUUUAUCAUAACAAAUUUAGACAAAUCAGUGAUCAAAGAUAAAUUAAUUCGCCUGUGCAUGAACGGUGAUAGACAGACGGAUUAUUCGAAAAGAUAAACUAUAUGCCAUCACAUGUCUUCACUGAUGAUCUAUUGACACAAAUUAUGAUUUGGCGAAAACUCAUGUCCGUUUUCCCAAUCUUUCUCAGGAUGUUCAGUGAAUUACUGCCUGCACAUUUUAUUUGAUCAGUUUAACUAUCAAUGAAAUUGCACUAGGAGUCAAGUCCAUGCAAGUCAAGUUUUUUUAUGUGUGAUUACUCAAUACCAUUAAAAAAUCGCGGAUAAAGCCGUUUCAUAAUAACAAAUCACUUGUCAUACACACCUAUAGCUAUUGACGUCUUGUAUGUCUUGUUACUGAAAUAUAAACUCCCCGCACAAAUUAUUAAUAAGGAAACAACUUAUAAUAUUAUAUUUCAUCAAAAUUCAAAUCUUGAGUGUUCCGUUUCAGUUCUUUAACGAUUUCCCCCAAGACGGGCCCAAGCGGAAAGCCGGAGGAGAGUUAUCGAAGUGCGACCAAUAUAAAGAGAAUUGUAACGAUUGCUCACUCAUAAGCGUGUCAGUUUGCAUCGAAAAAUGGAAGAAAAAGCUAAAAUACUUUUUCUCUGCCUUCUGGUCGUUUUGUUGAGCGAUUUUUCUACCGGAUUUUUUCGCGUACGCCCUCCUCGUCGAUGUUUCCGAACUUUUGCUCGCAGACGUCGUUGUUUUAAGCCAUAUAUACCAAUGUUAUCGACCACUCAGAAACCAAAGACAUUACAGCCAACUACUGAAGCUACAACGCCUCCUGUGGUAUUUUUAAAUCCUGUAAAAUCUCACUCUUCAGAAUUGCCUUACUGUAAGUCCAGAGAUGUAAACGAAAUUCUCAGACCAGCUGGAAGUCGAACGAAACGUGCGGUAAGUAAGGUAUUUGUAUGUAUGUAUGGGGAUUCAAAUUAAGUCUAGAUUCUACGUCCUUUGUAAAAAAUAAAGACCUUUGUUCUUUGUCGUCUGCGAAAUCAAACCCCCACUGGCCGCAGGUAUAGGCUGGCAAAUAUUAUUUGUAUUUUACUUCAGCCGUUUGCGAGACAUGACUGUACCUAUGAUAACUGAACAAAGUACGGUAAUACAAGACUCACAGUUGCUGCAGAGAGGACCAAAUUUAGUUCGCAGACUUUUACGUGCAUGAGUAUACUAUAUAUAAUAUAGAUCCUAGCGGAAAUUCGGUUGGGAACCGAACAACUCCAAAUGCAUGAAAGGAAAUAUUGCGCACUAGAAACAAGUUUUGCCAGUGGCAACGGGUAUAGUUUCAAAUAUAUAUUAUCAACAAGGUCAAUUGCACACGUAAAAACAUUGUCAACAAAAUGCCCAAAUUUGCACAUUUUGAAAUAUAUUGCAAAAUAAUGGCCGUUAUGAAUGCGACACCCUGUUUGAACAAUUUAAAUCUUGAAAUUUGAAUCGCUUGUAAUAAUAAGAUAAAAUUUAUUUCGUUAAAAGUGCGCACGUAGAUCUAAUCUUAUUUGCAUUCCAUGCGACGACAUGAAGUUUGAAUUCUAUUUAUAAGAUCUGAAUAUUAAUCAAUCAAAAUUGGACGAGAAACUAUGCAAUAUUAUGUAUGAAUAAUAUACUGUAUACAUGAAAAAUUCAUACACAAGCGAAUUUAUGGCAAGUGAAUGCAUGGAACACAUGCGAAAUAGAUAAUUAGUUUGCAAGUUUUCGACUAUCUGAACCGGACUUUUUGUAUUUAUUGUAUAAAUCUGCGAGUUUGCGUGGCAAAAAUAAUGCUGGUCAUUUAUCUACAGCAGAUGAACCACUGUCUGAAUUCAUCAUAAAAUGGCCUUUCUGACUAUCAUAUUAUUCUAGCCGCUAUAUAUUUAUCAGCUAUAGACCUGAAACGAGGGGUAUUCCACAAAAAAUUACCCUGCGGGAUGAAAUAUUCCUCGGAUACCGAACCUUUCAAAAAUAAGUAGAAAACAAAUACCAUUCAAUUAACUUUUAAUUUCAAAACACAACUGACAUUUAAAAAAGUCGAAUUUCCCGCUCAAGAGUGGUAUUCGAAGUCGAAUACCAUGGCCCCGGGUAAAACACCCAGGGUUCAAAUUGCCUAGGUCAUAGUAUUCGCUGAAAAAUACCAUGGUCAUGUGGUACAAAUUUAGUUCUCUGAUUGGACAAGCUCAUUGUGAGGUAUAAUAUAUAUAUAUACUUCUAGAAUUUCGCUUACCUCAAAAUUCCGCAACAGUCCGUUUCAUCAGUAAAGAAUAUACAAUUACUUUAUGGUUCGUGUUUGGAUGGCCGGAUCCAAACACGCGGGAAUGUUGCGAGAGUUAAGAAAAGCGCGCGAAAACACGAGCCGAAGGCGAGUGAUUUUGCGCGCUUUUCUUAACUCGAGCAACAUUCCCAAGUGUUUGGAUCAGGCCAUCCUAACAGGGAAACCAUAAAGUAAUUGUUUUAUAAAAUAACAACAACACGAUAGUCUUCCGUGUUUGGAUGGCCUGAUCCAAACACGGGUUUCGACCAAUCAGAACACGCGUUAUAUACAUGUUAUUUUAUAAUCAUCAGAUACCGCCUGAUGAUUCUUUACUGAUGAAACAGACUGUUGCGGAAUUUUGAGGUAAGCGAAAUUCUACAUUUGCUCUAUCUUUAUGAUAUUGAGCACUCUUUGCGUUUCGUAUACACAAACCUACUCGUAUAUAUACUUCUAUAUAUUUCAGGUCUCGUGGCCAUACGAAUGCAGACAUGCAAGUAUAUUGCAUUUCUCAGGCGACUAUCAGUUUAUCUGGCCGAUAUACGACUGCUGUUCAAAAUGUAGCUUCCCAGAGUUCACCUUGUGCGUGGCCAAAAGUAGAAGUAAAAAUUCUCCAGAGUGGAUGUGUCCUAGCGAGGGAUUGCAAUGCAUUGUGGGUUGUGUAAACAAACAUAAGCCCGGUGGCACAAUCGGUAUUUUACCAAACGUUGUCAAACCGGGUAUAAAACCCGGUAGUGGCGGGAUUCUUCCCAACGUCGUCAAACCAGGUAUAAAACCAGCUCCAGGAAAACCGGUCUUGAGCAAUUGUGAGAAACUGGAAACGGAAAAUGGGAAACAAUGUAUUCGAAAACUAUGCGUACCACUGGGCCAGGCUUUCAAGCCGUGA